AUGACGGCUGAGGGCAUGCCAGGGCCGGCGGCCGUGCGAGUGGAGGCUCCUGACGGCGACCGCGCCGGGCGGCAGCCACGCUACAAACUCCGGAACCUGAAUGACAGCAUCCAUGGGGAUUAUCUGCUGGAGGAGUACUUCUUCCAGAUCGUGGACACGCCGCACUUCCAGCGGCUGCGGGGCCUGAAGCAGCUGGGCGUGACGUCGUACGUGUUCCCGAGCGCGGCGCACACGCGCUUCGAGCAUUCGCUCGGGGUGGGCCACCUGACCCGGACGCUGGUGGAUCGGCUGUGGGCCACGCAGCCGGAGGCCUUCGCCGGGCUGGACUUCCCGGUGGUGCGCAACAGCCUGAUCAUCGCCGGGCUGUGCCAUGACCUGGGGCACGGGCCCUUUAGCCACCUGUUUGAUGGGAACUUCCUCCCCCGGGCCGCGUGCGUUCGGGGCAUCCUCCGGGCGCGGCCCAUCAUCCGCCAUGCCCGAGGCAACCAAGCUGACCCCAUGCACGAGAUCGGGCGGGCGCCGGGCCCGAUGUGGGCACAUGGCCGGCACAGCGCCCGGCACCAGGCCGAUGGCCGCCCCCGGGCGCCGGCGUGGAGGCACGAAAAGGGCUCGGUCGAUAUGUUCGACCAUUUGCUCGGGUUCCUGCGUCUGGAGCCGAAUGCCCAGGGGGUGGUGACCUUUGGCCGGGCCGCGCCGGCAGCCUUCCAUCCGGAGCUGGUGAAGGCCAUCAUCGCCGGCGGCCCCGGGGGGCUGGCCCCUGCCCCGGGCAGCCUGGCCCCAUACACCAGGCCCGAGGUGCGGUUCAUCUUCCAGAUCGUGGCCAACGACGAUACCGGGGUGGAUGUCGACCGGUUUGACUACCUCCGCCGGGACUCCUACAACGCCGGGUCGCAGGUGAGCUACGUGGCCAUGCGCCUGGUGAACAGCGCGCGCAUUGUCCAGGGGCAGAUCGCCUUCCCGGAGAAGGAGUUCUUCAACUUGCGGCUGCUGUUUCAGACGCGCUUCAGCCUGUUCAGGCAGGUGUACACGCACCGGGUGUCGGAGAUCGUCAACCUGAUGGCGGUGGACGCGCUGCUGGAGGCCGACGGGGCGCUGGGCAUUUCCAGCAUGAUCCAUGACCCGGCGGCGUACAUGCACUUGAAUGAUGGGAUUCUGGAUGAGAUUGCGGCGUCGGGCACGCGCCGGUGGCGGUGCCAGUGCGACGCCCGGGACAAUUGCGCGGACAACCGCGAGUCGCGGCAUGCCAAGGGCAUGGCCCGGGCCCGGGCCCUGGUCGAGCGCAUCCGCACGCGCGACCUCUACAAGCUGGCCUUCGAGGAGGUGUUCUAUGACCAUGCGCUGCAUGGGAGCCUGGCGGCGGUCGGGCAUUUCACUGACCUGGACGGCGGCCGGUGGCCGAUGGCUGGCCGGGUGCAGAGCGCCCACCUGGCGGCCAUUGGCGAGGAGGCACUCAAGAGCGAAAUCCUCCAGAGCACAGCGGACCCGGCGAUGGACCACAUGCAUGUGCAGCUGGCCACCAUUCACCAUGGGGCCAGGGCGGAGGACCCCAUGCGGAAGGUGCUGUUCUUCGGCAAGGAAGACCCGGACAGUGCGUCCUCCGCGGCCGAGGGGAUGGGGGCGUGCGGGUGA